UCCCGUAUAUCUGUUUAUUAGGUUACCCACGUGAGAGCACGUGGGCUUUUUACAAGGUGUGGGAGGAGGUGUGGCUGGCUGUGCAGAAAUGGCAGGAAAAGAUGUCCACGACGACUAUCCUUUAAAGGACUACAAGUAUCACUGUUGCUCUGAUCUGCUGGAGGGAAAGGUUGCCUUUGUGUCAGGUGGAGGCUCUGGUAUUGGUUUUAGGAUAGCAGAGCUCUUGAUGAGGCAUGGAUGCAACGUUGCCAUUGGUAGUAGAAGAAUAGACAAACUAGAACAAUCAGCAAAGGACCUUAGUAAAGCAACAGGAAGACAGUGUCUGCCAGUACAAAUUGAUGUUAGAAAGUAUGAUACAGUGUUAAAAGCAAUGAAACAAACACUUAAUGCAUUUGGGUCAAUUGAUAUUCUUAUUAACUCUGCUGCUGGUAACUUUUUAUGUCCUGUUAGCUCCAUGUCAUCGAAUGCUUUUAAAACAGUGUUAGAGAUUGAUACAAUGGGAACAUUUAAUUGUUGCAAGGCUGCAUUUGACACUUACAUGAAGGAUCAUGGAGGCUGUAUAAUUAAUAUAUCAGCUACACUUUACUUUAAAGGAGAUGCUUAUCAAGCUCAUGCUGGCUCUGCUAAAGCUGCUAUUGAUGCUCUUACUAGACAUUUAGCAGUUGAAUGGGGCCCACUGAACAUUCGCAUAAACAGUGUACUACCUGGUCCUAUCGAGGGAACAGAAGGAUUUAGAAAACUAGGUGGAGCUGUUGAAGGUGCUGAAGAAUUUUUAGAGUCAUCUAUACCACUAGGAAGGUGUGGUACAAGGACAGAAAUAGCAGAAGCCUGUCUAUUUCUCGCAAGUCCUCUUUCUUCAUAUGUCAAUGGAUCUCUGCUAGUCGUUGAUGGAGGAGCAUGGUUGACUUCUGGCUUUGCAAACUUUUCAAGUAAACUUUAAAAAACCUUUAUCUUUUAAAA